GAAAAACAAAAACAAACAAAAAAGGUGCCACAGCUGAUUCGCGGACCUUGCUGCGUGACGUUUCUACGCAGGACUUCUGUAGGCUGCAGCGGUGACAGACGAGUUCCAAAACCUCAAUAGCGAUACGUAACCACUCUGCCAAUCCACACACACGCACGCACACACAUAUGAAAAGAAGGAAAAGGCAGAAAAGGGCAAUCCACGUGAUGCCGAGCACGUGAUUCAAUUAUAGUUGUGUCAACGUAGUCAGAGGAGUCAGCGUCUGCAUAGCGUCUGUGUGUCUGUGUCGAGCGUGGCGUUGCUAAGGCAGCAGGAUCGAGGCAGCGCGAAAUCCCCGAACUCGCGUCUGGUAUUCUUUCCCGACUUCAAAGAAGCGCCGUGCGUUUGGCGUGAAGAUGAACAAGCCGGCGCUCCUGCCCGCCUCGGUCAGCGAAGUGGUGUUGAACACGGGAAACAUCCUCGGCUGCAAAGAGCUCACCAAGAAAGUGUUUCAGUCCCUCGUCGAAGAGCUCAUCCAAAGCCUAAACCUUUCUCUCAUGAAAUGGACUUCGAUUAACAACGGCCAAGGGACGGACGGCAAGAUACUGGAGUAUGUCAACAAGGACCUCCCGUGCACGAUCAGUGCCAGCGAGAGAGCAACUUUCAAAAUAACCGUAAAAAUCUUCCUAAGCCAUUUCAAUGCUGCGGCACUUCAGAGAGCCACCACCAAAGUGCUGGAGCACCUUGGGGUGGAGGAGGUGGACUCGCUGAUCGUAGCCUUCCCGGUGCUGGCCACCAAGCUGACCCUGGACCAAGUGCAGCCGGUCUGGGAGGCUGCAGAGGUCCUGGUGGCCAAGGGCAGGGCGCUGGCAGUCGGGGUCAGUGACCUCGACAGCUCCCAGCUCAAGGAGCUCUACAACUGGGCCAAGGUGAAGCCCAGCGUGAACCAGGUGAACCUGGACUCUUGCUGCGUCAUUCCACAGGAGAUGGCAGAGUUUGCCAAGGUCAGCAACAUCCAGCUGCUCACGCACAGCGACCCCAAAGUGGUGCUAGAUGCAGAUGCGAUGGAGCGACUCCUCAAGGACUACGUUCCGGAUCGAGAGCUGGGGAAGUGGUCGUCGUCUUGGGUGGCACGCUACUCGGUGCUGGUCAAGUGCCGGGGCUUCAUCCAGAGCAAGGGGUACAUCGCAGACCUGGUCCGGAGGGAGUCCUCUUGAGGUCACGCGGCGUCGCCUCUUCCAGUCACUCGUAACCUCAAGAGCCGAGGCCGGUCCCGCGUCUGGCCCUGCCUCGUAAAACGUCCCUCGGCUCUGCGACGCAGGUGCUACCCACCUUGUGGCUUUGCACGGCCCUGGACGAAAGGGAGCUCAACCUGCACACGAUUAGGGAUCUCUCAACUUCGUGGGGCUAUGCCAGUCGGCAAGGACGGAAGCGAAGGCACAAAUGUUUAUGAAUUCUCUCGACGAAACCCUUUUGCUGCUCUCUCGUUAAAUCGAUCCCUACUUGUGUUAUUGUUAUCCAGGUCUGUGGGGACGUCAAGAAAU